AUGGCAAAGGUAUUCGAUGCGACAGAAGUCGCAAAGCACAACACUCGGGAGAGUUGUUGGGUGGUGCUCUAUGGAAAGGUCUACGAUGUCACCGACUUUCUGGGUAGCCACCCCGGUGGUGCAAAGAUCAUUUUGAAGCUUGCGGGCCAAGAUGCCACCGAGGAAUAUGAUCCAAUUCACCCCCCAGGGAUCCUCGAAGAGGAACUCAAGUCAGAGGCAUGUCUGGGAACAAUUGACCCCAGCACAUUACCACAAGAGGCCGCCCCAGAGCCCCAAGAAGAGCUCGAGGGUCCCCCGCCCAUGGAGAACGUCCUCAACCUGGACGAAAUGGAAGAGAUCGCGACCAAGCAGGUCAGCAAAAAAGCCUGGGCAUACUAUCAUUCGGCAUCCGACGACAUGUUCAGCAAAUCCUUCAACAAUGCGGUCUAUCGUUCUAUCCUCCUACGACCUAGGGUGUUUGUGGACUGCACCAAAUGCGACCUAGAUACCACAGUCCUCGGGCAUAAGCUGAACACGCCCAUCUAUGUGUCCCCCGCGGCAAUGGCUCGUCUUGGCCAUCCCUCCGGCGAGGCAGGCAUCGCAGAGGCAUGCCGAAACUUUGGCGCCAUGCAAAUCAUCUCCAACAAUGCCUCUAUGACACCGGAGCAGAUUGUCCAAGAUGCCUCCCCGGAUCAGGUCUUCGGUUGGCAACUCUAUGUUCAAAUUGACCGCAAGAAGAGCGAAGCGAUGCUCGCUCGCAUCAACAAGCUCAAGGCGAUCAAGUUCAUCGUUCUCACUCUCGAUGCACCUAUCCCCGGCAAGCGGGAGGCCGAUGAGCGGACCGGAAUGACGGGACGCACCGCCGCCGUGCCGAGCGGCGUGAAGGCCGCCGAGCGCUCCGCCGACGACACCCCCAACCCCACCGAGGGCUCGGGGGGUGUUGGACAGCAACUGUUCGCGGGUACCGAUCCCUCCCUGACAUGGACCAAGACGCUUGCGUGGCUGGCCACGCAGACGGACUUGCCCAUCAUCUUGAAGGGCCUGCAGACCCACGAAGACGCCUACCUAGCCUCUCUACACGCACCCCAGGUCAGGGGGAUCAUCCUCUCAAACCACGGCGGGCGGGCCAUGGAUACGGCGCCCCCUGCCGUGCACACGCUGCUGGAGAUCCGCAAGUACUGUCCGGAGGUCUUCGAUAAGAUCGAGGUCCAUGUGGAUGGCGGCAUUCGCCGCGGCACGGAUGCGGUCAAGGCUCUCUGCCUCGGUGCGACGUCUGUUGGACUUGGGCGCGCGGCUCUCUGGGGUCUUGCGGCUGGAGGAGUUGAGGGUGUCAGUCGAACAUUGCAGAUUCUCAACGACGAGAUGAAGACCUGUAUGCGGCUGCUUGGUGUGGAGAGAGUUGACCAACUGGGGCUUCAACAUAUCAACACUCGCGCGGCCGAGCAGCAGAUCUAUGACGGCCCUGCCUCCCUUGAGCCUUUACGACGUGAGUUCCGUUCUAGGCUGUAG